CGUUUUUGCACCUGGAGUGUUCCAGCACUGGGAGUGAUCUAAGAAAGAAAUUAAACACCUAAAUUUAGAGGCAGAUUAAAUUUAGAUUUAUUAUAAAUUGUUCUAUCAAAUCAAGUUAAUUGUGUAAAAUGUUGCGUUGCUUAACUUCGGCUAUUGUUCAAUGCCGAGGAAUAAAACAACAAGCAAAAAUUAAAUGGGUUAGACCCGAUUAUGUUCCUUCAUACAAAGCAGAAAAGUCUGGUGACUUAGAAAAUAUUCCUAAGAUUUCAGAUGAUGCUCUGGGCCUAGAUUAUACAUUGAGUGGUGAGUUAAAAGAUGCUCCGGAAUCAGUGAAAAAGAUAUUUUCAGUUGCUCAUCUUGGACCUAAAGAAUAUAAAACGUUGGUGAAGGAAGCGUUAACAGAAAGAGUCAAGCAACAUCAGUAUGAUGACACUACUGUAGAAUUCAAAGUUGCAAAAAUGACUGCUCAAAUUAGAUGUCUUCAGGAAACUAUGGACAAACAUCCCAAGAAUGUUAUAGCAAAGAAAGCAUGCCAAGAAUUAAUUGAUAAACGAAAGAAGACAUUGAAGUUGUUAAGACAAUACGAUUAUAAAAAGUUUGAGUGGUUGCUAGAAAAAUUAAAUAUCGAAUAUAAAGCUCAUCCUGACACUUAUAAUAAACUAUCAAGAAAAGAGUCAUUAAAAAAAUUAACUGAAUUACAUUGUGAGGAUGUACGAAACAAGAAAUUAGAUGAAUACAGGAACUUAUUAGAAAGCCAGCAAGGUCCGUUUUUAGAAGAUAAACUCAAUGCAUUAAAGUUCAUUAAAAGUGAACAGAUGGAGCUUCAAUUGCCUGUUACAGUCACAGAUCAAGAUAUAAAGAAAGUAGAAAAACAAUUCAAUGAAUGGAAAAUAAAGAAUGAAAUUAAACAGCAAGGCAAGAAGAAAAAGAGACAUUUGCUGCUAGAAGAUUCUGAAUAGAUUUUAGUUUAAAUCAAAAUAUAUUAAGUAUUAGUUUAACUAUUGUUUUUAUUAUGCAUCUGUGGG